UCCGACUGUUCUGUGUUCUGUUAUAAAUUCAGCAUUUCUCUUAUGUCUGUAUUCUCAUGUUUUGUAAAUAGUAAAUAAUAACGCUAUUGAACUCCGCUUAUAAAUAAUAUCAUAGUUUGAUUUUUGUAAUGUAAAUGCCACAGUAAAACAAUUAAAAUGGGUGAUUCCGAUUUUGCAUAUGGAUCGUCUUUAUCUAUUGAUUCUAUGAAAGUUAUCGCAGAAAGUAUUGGGAUUGGAAGUCUCGGAGACGACGCUGCAAAAGAAUUAGCUGAUGACGUUACCUACCGCCUCAAAUUUAUUUUACAAGAUGCUAUGAAGUUUAUGCACCAUUCUAAACGGCAGAAAUUGUCUAUUACCGAUAUAGAUCAUACAUUGAAAUCCAAGAAUAUUGAGCCACAAUAUGGGUUCUUACAACCAGAUUCACUACCAUUUAGAUUUGCAUGUGGUGGUGGCAGAGAGUUACAUUUUAUUGAUGAGAAGGAAAUUGAUCUAACAGAAAUAUUAUCAGCUCCUCCACCAAAGGUGCCAUUGGAUGUAUCAGUGAGAACACACUGGUUAAGUGUAGAUGGAGUACAGCCCACAGUACCAGAAAAUCCACCACCAUUGACAAAGGAAAUACAGAAACUUGAAUCAGUUGAUCCUAUUAGUAAACUUAAUAAACCCACAAAUAAAGAUGCUGCAGGUAAGCCAAUGUGUGGCAAGGCAGCCCGAUUGAAAGCUUCAGAAUCAGUUCAUGUAAAACAGCUGGCUACCCAUGAACUUAGUGUGGAGCAACAGUUGUACUAUAAGGAGAUAACAGAGGCUUGUGUAGGCAGCGACGAGGGCCGUAGAGCGGAAGCACUACAAUCCUUGGCAUGUGACCCUGGACUUCAUGAGAUGUUGCCAAGGAUGUGUACCUUUAUUUCGGAAGGUGUGAAAGUGAAUGUUGUGCAAAAUAAUCUGGCCUUGCUGAUCUACCUAAUGAGAAUGGUGAAAGCGUUGCUCGAUAAUCAGUCUCUUUUCCUGGAGAAAUAUUUGCAUGAACUGAUCCCGUCAGUAUCUACGUGUAUUGUGUCGCGGCAACUCUGCUUGCGUCCUGAAAUGGACAACCAUUGGGCGCUGCGGGACUUCGCAUCACGCCUCAUGGCUCAAAUUUGCAAAACUUUCAACACCUCUACUAAUAACUUGCAGACGCGAGUGACUAGACUCUUCGCCAAAGCCUUACAAUGUCCAUCACAAACAAAUAAUGAGAAUGGAGUGGGACCGUCUAUGGUGACUAGUAUGAAAGAAUCAGAGAAAACACCAUUGGCAUCACUUUAUGGUGCUGUUCAAGGAUUAGCAGAACUCGGCCCGGAGGUUGUUAAGGUGUUUAUUUUGCCGCGCGUCCGGUGGCUUGGUGAGCGUGUGGAGGGCGCGCUGAGCGGUCUGGGCGGCGCCGACCGGCAGGCGGCCGGGAACCUUAAGCAGCAGCUGCUCAAGGUGCUGGCGCCUGUCAUCCGCCAGCUUCGGCAGCCACCUGACGUCGUCGACGACUACAAGCGUGACUACGGGUACCUGGGGCCGAGCCUGGUGCAGCUGGUGGCCAAGCAGCGGUCGUCGCCGGCGGCGGGCAGCGCGGGCGGCGCGGUGGCGGUGGUCACGUGCACGCCGCCCCUCGUGCCCUCCGCACCCUCCGCACCCUCCGCACCCUCCGCACCCUCCGCACCCUCCACACCCUCGCCCUCGCCCACUCCCUCGCAGUCACACGCCUUUCCCACCAAGACUGUUGAAAGCGUAGCGACUCGCAACGUGGUAAUUAGUGCGUCGCCCACCCCGCAGUCGCCGGCGCCUGCCACGCCGCCACCGCAAAAGUUCGUCAUCGUCGCGUCGCAGCAAAAGCCUCCACAGCCUCAACCCGCAUGUGGUACCGGUCACAUCAUAGUGCAUUCGCAGCCAACUAUAGUCCGCCAAAACGUUCAAUCUGUGGUGGUGACGAGUGGCCCAGCGGGCGCAGCGCCGCCACAGAAGGUGGUGGUGGUAGGAAUGCAGCCACAAGCCGCCCCUCCUGCCGUGCCCGCUCCGCACCCGCCCGCCGUCGCCACCACACCCAGUCACGUUAGUCAGGCGCCGGUGUCGGUGGUAGCGAAGCCGGUGUUCACUCGCGGCGGCGGCGGCGGCACCCCGCAGCCUCCGCCUGAGCUCGAUGACCUGUCACAUCUCGCCUGACAGCCACGCCCCCUCAACGUCACCAUUAUAAAACAAUACACUAGGAAAAAGCCACAGUGAAUAUUCAAUUUUUCCUACUUACAUUUAUACACAUGUGUGUAUUAUCAGUUUAUAUUAACUUGUAAUUAAAUGUUAUAAUUUUACAAUUAAAUCUCAUUUAAAAAUAGACGUUUGACUAAAAUCACGUGUCCGUGAAUUUCCGUUUUUCUUCAUUAGUGCUUUAGCUUCGACUGUUAUUAAGUGUACACAUAGAUAUUGCGACAAGUGUUUCGCUUCUGAACGAGGCAUGAUCAGAAAAUUAAUUGUUCGGACUUUGGCAGGCUUGUUUGACCAUUCGGAGUCCUAACUGGUGCCUCAUCUGAACUUAAAUACUAAAUAAGUAGUAACGUAAAAUUUAUAUAUAUAGAGAUCCAUUAAAACAAUUGCAAGAAAUAUUAAAAUAUAUAUUUAUAGUUUGUAAAUAAGAUUAUAUUUUGUUUGUUAUGAUAAGACACUAUCUCUUUUCCUUUUACUGAGUAACGCAUUUUCCUGACACACAGAGUUUUGGGGGCUAUUCAUAAAUUACGUCACAGUUAAGGAUUCCAUAGUGUGACGAGGUAUACGAAGAGACCAAAUUAAAAAAAAAUAUAGCAGUAACAAAAAAUUAUCAAAACACAGAAAUUGAACUGUUGACGAAAAACUAAGAAUAUUUGAACAAAAGGUAAAAUAAUUUUGAAUUGCCCUUUUCUUUCAACUUAAUAAAUUUCUUCAUACAAGGUUGUCGGUUAUGAAUAUUAAAUAUGUUUUUUUAUAAUAUUAUUAAAUAUUUUAGUGCAAUUAUUCAUAAUUAAUGUUGUAUUAUACUGAUAUAUUCCAAAUGGCUGAUAUAAGAGGGUGAACACGAAACUUCCAUGCGUGCCUAGUUUUCAAUAAUUGCAGUAAAUUAUCAAGAAUAAUAAAGAAAAAUUAAUUAUGUAAGAUUAUCUGUUAUUGUCUAUUAAAAAAUUAAUA